AUGUCCAGUUAUACCAACGACGUCGACGACUUCAUGCAGGGUCGGGAGUUUGAGGGCCAUCUGGCUGCUUCAGGCUCUCCGCCCGCGCCUGCUGAUCGUACACCACCAGAGCCUCAAGUCAACAAGAAGCGCAAGGCCGAGAAAGAGCCUGAGACGAACAAGAAGCCCAAAGUCCUUGAGAACAAGGCCAUCUAUCUUUCGAACUUGCCUCGCGACACCACCAGGGAGGAGCUUGAGGACGAGUGCAAGAAGUACGGAAUCAUUGACAAGGGCGCAAACGGCGAGCCUCGUAUCAACAUGUACAAGGACGAGGAGGGCAAGUUUAACGGCACCGCCUUGGUCGUCUACUUCAAGAAGGAGUCGAUCCGCAACGCGGUCAUGAUGAUGGACGACUACCCUCUUCGCCCCGGCGACACCAAGAACGGUCACAUCCACGUCGAGGCUGCUAACAUGGAGUACAAGAAGGAGAAGGAUGGUGAAAAGGUCGCAUCAAAGCUUACACGAAAGGACCGUAAGGCGUCCGAGCGCAACAGGCAAGAGCUGAAUCGGAAGCUGAACGAGUGGUCCGACAACGAGGAGGAAGUUGCUCAAACCUUCGUGGCGAAGAAAAACAAGUGGGCCAAGGUCGUCAUCAUCAAGAACGUAUUCGACUUGGAUCAACUCGAGAACGACCCGAAAGCCUAUCUAGAGAUCAAGGAGGACAUGCGCGAGAAGGCUGAGGAGAUCGGCAAAGUGACCAAUACCACGCUGUGGGACAAAGAACCCGAGGGCAUCGUCACCGUCCGCUUCAGGGAGUUCGAGGACGCAGAGAAGUUUGUGGCCUGGAAAUUCGGCGGCAUUCGAUACAACAAGCGCUCUCAAGAGCUUUCGCUUGCCGAGGACAAGCCCCGCUUCAGGAAGUCUGGCCGCGGCGACUACUCUGAUAGCGAUGACGAGGAAGUGGUCUUGAACGAGACUUAG